AUGUCCCGACGCCCUCAGCUCGGCCUGACGUUUGCUUCUCUCAUCGAUUGCCAGAAGCUAGCCCACAGCCAUCAAGUUCGCAUUUGCUUUGUCCGACCUCCAUUCGCCCCUUGGCUUCUUGUCCCAACUGAGCCCCUGGCCUACUGCUGGCCGGAUGGUUGCCCAGCCCUUGCUCGCGCGCCUAGCAAGGUAGUCUAUUCCUACAGCCGAGCCACCAUCGCCGGCAUCUCAUACUUCGACGACCUGGCCGUCAUGUAUGCUGGGCCUGAUUGUCCGCGAGGCCGCCGCCGAUGGCUGCCCGCCAUUGCGCUUAGCAGCGGCCUGUUCACGAUCCUGCUUUCGUUGUUCGUGCUUCACGCCUUAAGUCGUACCGCAACGGUACAGCCUGCUGCUGGUCAUGUCGAACACCACGAACCAAGUCCAGAGCCGAUAACGACACAUAUCGACAACUUUACCCCAAUCUCUACCCCGACGCCCACGCCAGUCGCCCUUCCAGACCCCGCCGAGGAAACAGGCUUUGUCCUAAACCCCAAAGACCACAAUAACAGAGAGCCAAAAACGUUGCGCAUGACAUGGAAUGUUACCCGCGAACUGCGCGAGCCCGAUGGCGUUGAGAAGCAGGUGUAUCUUAUAAACGGCCAAUUCCCCGGCCCUGUUAUCGAAGCACGACCAGGCGACGAGCUCGAGGUCAACGUUUUUAACCACGUCGACGACGAUGCUGACGGAGUCGCUGUGCACUGGCAUGGCCUCAUAAUGAAUGGCGCGAAUGGCAUGGACGGUGUUGUUGGUGUUACCCAAUGCGCCAUUGUCCAGAACAACAACUUUACAUAUCGCUUCACUCUGGAUGAUAGGCAACACGGUACAUACUGGUACCAUGCCCAUUCCCAUCUCCAGAGAGCCGAUGGCCUUUACGGUGGCAUUAUUAUACACAGACCGGCCGAUACAGAGACCGACUUGGUCAAAUACAGCUACGAACAAGAAAAGCUUCUACUCGUCGGUGACUGGUAUCACUGGCCUGCCAAAAGAGUUCUCGAGUGGUAUGACAAGGCUGAGCAUUUUGGAUACGAGCCUGCUCCCGACUCGCUACUCAUCAACGGCAUCGGAGCAUACAACUGCUCCAAGGCUGUCGCUGCCCGCGCAGUCAACUGUACAAUGCUCCAGAAGCCUAGCAUACGCCUUCCAGAUGGUGAUCGUGUGCGCCUACGAGUCGUCAACACUGGUGCUUCCGCUGGGUUCUCCAUGCACCUCGAUCAGGGUACCAUGGAGCCUCUCGCCGUGGAUGGUAACGGUUUGGUGGACAACUCGACCUCUGCUGCUGGCGGCUUUGGCGUUUUGUACCCUGGCGAGCGUCUUGAUGUAGUGCUCGACAAGACCACAACAUCGAAAUCGGGCAGGGACGAGACCUCGAUCAAUACGCUCACAAUUGAGUUGGACGACGGCAACAUGCCUUUAAAAAACUACGCUCUUACCCGCAUCCAGUCGUUCCCCAUGCAGGACCUAGGUGCGACAGCGAAAAGAGCUCUUACUCGGCGCGAGAAUGUGGUGGAAAUGCUCUCUCUAGCUGAUGUUAACGGUAUUGUCGUGUCCGACGAGAUUGCGGCUGCAACCAAGCCGGCUGAGACGGUCGUGUUCUACACGACUAUCAAGAAUCGCGCCACUCAUGAAAAUCGGCCUGCCGGUCUCUUUAACCACUCGUCCUGGAUCGUCAAGGACGCAUUUGCGCCGCCUCUGCUAGCCGUGGACGAAGAGCAGUGGGCCGAUUUAGCCAAGGAGCCCAGCCCUCUUCAAAAUUUUACUGUCUCGACGUUUGAGGCCAGCGCGGUAGGCGCCAAGACACGAUGGCUGGACAUGGUUAUCAAUAACCUCGACGACAAGGGACACCCUUUUCACCUGCACGGGCAGUCAUUCUACGUAUUGCUAACCCACAAGGGCCGUAAAGGUGAGCAGGGCACUUACAACCCGUUUGACCCGGAGUCCAAGCACGAUGACUACCCGCGGGCGCCGUUCAACCACCUUCUCAAAGACACCGUAUACAUCCCCCGCAUGGGACACGUCGUUUUGCGGCUGCCUUUGACAAAUAGCGGUCUGUGGCUCGCCCAUUGUCAUAUCCUCUGGCACCAAGCCGUCGGCAUGAGCAUGGUGGUGCGCGUCGGGGAUGUCGAUCAGGACGCUAGGCGAGUGGCGACCGAGUUUUGUGCAAGUCAAAAGGUGGGGUUGUAA